GCCGGCCUCUACAUACUAGACCCUCUCUCUCGCAGUCCCGUGCUGUGUGCGUCGCGCGUUCAACCCAGACUAGACUACCCACUCUUUUCCGGGGCGGCAUCGACGACGGGAGGAGUUGUAUAUUUCCCACUGCCUGGCUCGUCACCUUGACCUCAUCGCCGCGCCAUCGCCCCAAUCGGCCUCCGCCGCCCGCCCCAUCCCUUUGUCUUCUCGCCGUCGUCAUCAUCCCGCUCCAUCUCCUCUCCUCGGUGCUGCGGCCUUCCGGGUCCUGCCUGCGACCGUGAGGGCUUGAGAGGGACGGUCCAACGCACGCCGACAGGGACCCGGAGACGAGGAGGGCUAGCAAUAGCAAGCACCACCGACCUGGCUGCAAGCUGAGCAAGCAAACCAGGGCCAGCCUCGCUCAAUUGGUCGCUGCUCCCUCCAGCUUGCGCCCUGAGCAGCGGCCGUCUUCAUUCGCGCCGGUGACUGAGGUGGUCAAGAAGGGAGGUCGAGGGAGGGGUCGCCGGCCGCCUGCCAUCCCGGGCCGGAGCACCGCGCCGGCGAGAGAGACAAAUGGGGGCGGGGACCAGGCCGUCCGCGAUAGCUGCGGCGGCUCUGCUCGCCGUCGCCGCCUGCUGCGCGGCGCUCCUCGUCGCGGCCGCGCCGCCGCAAAGCCACCAGCCGCAGCAGCACAAGCACGUCAGGAUCUCAGGGAACGCCGGCGACGUGCUGGAGGACGACCCGGUGGGGAAGCUCAAGGUGUUCAUCUACGAGAUGCCGAGGAAGUACAACCAUUACCUGCUCGAGAAGGACAACCGGUGCCUCUACCACAUGUUCGCGGCGGAGAUCUUCAUGCACCAGUUCCUGCUGGCGAGCGCGGUGCGGACCAUGAACCCGGAGGAGGCCGACUGGUUCUACACCCCGGUGUACGUGACGUGCGACCUGACGCAGCAGGGCUUCCCGCUGCCGUUCCGGGCUCCCCGGAUCAUGCGGAGCGCCAUCCAGUACAUCGCGGCGACAUGGCCGUACUGGAACCGGACCGAGGGGGCCGACCACUUCUUCCUCGCUCCCCAUGAUUUCGGGGCGUGCUUCCACUAUCAGGAGGAGAGGGCUAUCGAGAGGGGGAUCCUGCCGCUGCUCCGGCGCGCGACGCUGGUGCAGACGUUCGGGCAGAGGAACCAUGUGUGCAUGCAGGAGGGGUCCAUAACCAUUCCUCCCUACGCCAACCCGCAGAAGAUGCAGGCUCACCUCAUCUCCCCCGGCACCCCCCGGUCCAUCUUCGCCUACUUCCGCGGCCUCUUCUACGACAUGGGCAACGACCCCGAGGGCGGCUACUACGCCAGGGGCGCGCGGGCGUCGGUGUGGGAGAACUUCAAGGACAACCCUCUGUUCGACAUGUCGUCGGAGCACCCGUCGACGUACUACGAGGACAUGCAGCGGGCCAUCUUCUGCCUGUGCCCUCUGGGGUGGGCGCCGUGGAGCCCGCGGCUGGUGGAGGCGGUGGUGUUCGGGUGCAUCCCGGUGAUCAUCGCCGACGACAUCGUCCUCCCCUUCGCGGACGCCAUCCCGUGGGAGCAGAUCAGCGUGUUCGUGGCGGAGGCGGACGUGCCGCGGCUCGACUCCAUCCUGGCGUCGGUGGCGCCCGAGGACGUGCUCCGGAAGCAGCGCCUGCUGGCCAGCCCGGCCAUGAAGCAGGCCGUGCUCUUCCACCAGCCGGCCAGGCCCGGCGACGCCUUCGACCAGGUGCUCAACGGGCUCGCCCGCAAGCUGCCGCACCGGGAGGGCGCGUUCCUCAAGCCCGGCCAGAAGGUGCUCGACUGGAACGCCGGCCUCGACAGCGACCUCAAGCCGUGGUAGCGUGUGUAGAAGAUCGUCGGAGCGCUUGCGUAGCCUCGUCGUGUACAUUUUUGUUCUUCAGAGUUCAGAAGACCUCACGCCCUGUUCUUUUUUCCGUUCGUUUCGUUUCGUUCUUUCUUUCUUUUUUACCACGGCCACUUUUGAGUGUACGCAGCAGCCAGCAGCAGUGAUAGAGAUGUGAUGAGAAGCAGCGCGGCGUCAACUUUCUUUGUAGUGUGUAGUAUGGUUGUGCAAACGAAUUCCCUUUUAUA